GACGCUCUAGUCCACAAAACUUUGGCACGUGCCGAACAAAAUUCCAAAAUGGAGAUUCUUCCUUCAGAGCUUCAUCCGCAUGUUGAUGCCAUUGAUAUUGAAGAAGACGGCACAUUAGCAGUAGCAUCCUCAGCGUUGACCGGCCGAACUUGGAACGGAUCUUUGUGGUUGUUCAAAGAUCGUGCUAAAGCACCGGAUGUCCAUUACUGCAGUGCUGGAUGUGCUACAGAAUCAGGGACGACAGAUAUCAAGUGGAUCGACUCUAAAAGACUUGUCCUUGGAUCUGACACAGGCACUGUGGACAUUUGGUGUCUGAGUGGAAGCUUUCAAAGUUUAGAAAACAUGGCGUCAUUAUCAGAUCAUGACAAUACAAUUUCUUCCGUCAGUGUAGAUUGUGUAAAGAGUAAAAUUGUUAGCGGCAGCUGGGAUCGAUGCAUCAAACUGUGGGAUUUAGAGCAGGAAAAAUGUAUUAAGUCUUACAAAGGUCACAGGGACAUCGUGUGGAGUGCUGUGUACAGUAAAACUGAGCAGGAUGUUUUUGUUUCAGCCUCGCAGGAUGGGAGAGUUAUUCUAUGGGACACCAGAGCACCAAACUGUGUUUCCAAGUUGUCAGAUCCCUCUCAGUAUAACAGCAUUCCACGCUGUGCAGACUGGAGUCCAUUAGACCAUCACUUACUUGCACUUGGGUACGAAGAUGGUAGUGUGUGCCUCUGUAACAUCCAAAACCCCAAACAACCAGUCCUAACUUAUUGCCCUCAUGAAAGAGCUGUCAACAGAUUGGCUUUCUCACCAAGAAGUCCUGAAUGGCUCGCAUCAGUAUCAGAUGACUUGUGGGUUCACGUACAAGACUGUCUUAAUGACACAGAAGUUCUCAGAAGUGAUGAACAUACGGAGGUCGUGCGGGGCCUGGCAUGGAGUCCCGUGGAAGACACCCUUUAUACCAGUGGUUGGGGCCAACAGAUAUUCAGUCAUGCGUUUGACUGUGGGGAGCCUUCUGACCUCAAUGUAGAAGCCAGCAUUUCUCGAGCUACCUCGGUGUGUAUGGAUAUGGAUUCUGUCAGUCAAACUCACUUUAAUGGAGAUCUCAAUGGAAUGUCUCUGGAUGAUAACAAUGGUGAACAAACGAUGGAAGUUGAAGGGCAAGGAGUCACACAAAAGACUGUAUCUUCUAACGUAGAAACGAAUAGCUCGGUUGAGACUAUUAGCUAGCACCUGAUAAACGGUAAAUAGAGAUUUAAGUUUACAAUUGUGUUUAGGAAACGUAGGUGGCGAUCUCUCAAACCGGAAGAUUGGCGCCCUGUUUUGGAGUUUUUCACCUUUGAUAGUGACAGGUUAUCAGAGGAAUUUGAUAUCACAAUUCUGAGGGUGAAGUAAUUUCCAUAAAAGAUCAAAGUUUAAAAAGUGUUGGCUUAGUAGAUACUAUUAAAGUAUUGUAGCAUUCUUUCCAUUAUGGUGUUGAUAUCGUAAAUAACCUUUGAAGCAUCUGCUCUGAUAACCUGACGAAGGAAGCAGUGCACUUUUCCAAGGGGUUUCGUUGAACUAAACUCGAUGUAUUCACAGGAGCCACUCAGAAUAAGUUCAUAGUCAAGAAGCAAAUGGGAACAUAGAACUUCCUCAAGCGCGGAAAACCCGAAUUACCAAGGCAUGAUUGGUCUUAGUUUUGUCAUCUGAUUGCUUAAAAUGACGAUGCGAGCUCUCUAGACCAAUCACAGAUCGAAGCGAGUAUCACCGGUUCCAUCUGAUAAAGAAAGAUUGGUAUUCGUCGUACAACUAUUUUUUAACUUCAUUUGCAAUUUCCUGGAAUUUUCUCCGACUCGAAUUAGGCCUUGAGAUUACAUCUACUUCCUUACUUCUAUUUGAUUUGGACAUAAUUGAAGAAUUUGAAAAAAGCAAUGCAAGGGGAAAGACUUAAACAUCCUCCCUGUUAUUCUGUCCAAACUCUUUCUUUAACUAAGGUUCAUUCCUGGGUUACUUUUAAGUUAUUCAUUGGCUCUAGUCUCAGGCCUCCUCAGUCAUUUUUUUUUGUCGCGUGUUCUCUCCCUCUUUUCGCGCGAGACACGACCAAAUAACGACUGCGACGGAGGAUGCCUUGGCUUUAGUCACCCUUAUGUUUACUGUUGUAAGUGACCAUAUCUGCGCUCCAUUUCUCAGGCAACCAGUUAUGACCAUCUCAUGCAGAUUAUGUUGAAUAAAGUAACUUCAAGCAGUGCAAAUAAUAAAGAAAUAGUGACCGAUUUGAACCGA